AAAAAUGGAUAGCAAAAAUAAAGUUUAGUCGAUGAAAAUCAUAAAAUGGUAAAGUCCCUCGUUGGCGAAUAUGCUGCAGAAAUCCAUACAGCAGCGCAACUCCUUGUAUUCUCCCCAACCCCAGCGGCAACUUCAAAGCCGCUUGCUUCCACCAUAAACCCUACGCGAUUCUCGUUCCUUUUCGACGAACCCGAAUCGAAAUCAGGAUCUGUUAAGCCCUAAUCGCGGCAAUCUCACGGCAUCGCGAGCUCCGUCCGCUGAAACUAUAGCAAAGAUUUUCGGUUAGGAAUCGAUUCGAUUAAGUAGUUGCAAUGAGUGAUAACAAUUCGCCACCUGGGUCUCCUAAGGAGGCAGAUCAUGAUUCUGAUGCAAACCAACUUGUUAAGGAUGAUAGCUCAUUGGAAACCUUAGUCCGAAAGUUCCAAGAUUCGAUGUCGGUUGGGAAAAAGCACACAUUUUGGGAGACUCAACCGGUUGGGCAGUUUAAGGAUCUUGGGGAUGUGAGUUUGCCUGAGGGACCGAUUGAGCCCCCUACCCCGUUGUCUGAGGUCAAGCAAGAGCCGUACAAUCUGCCAACUCAGUAUGAAUGGACCACGUGUGAUCUGGACUCGGAAGACACCUGCACUGAGGUCUACAAUCUGCUGAAGAACAAUUAUGUCGAGGAUGAUGAGAACAUGUUUAGGUUCAACUACUCGAAGGAGUUUCUUAGGUGGGCUUUGCACCCUCCUGGUUACUACAAGAGCUGGCAUAUCGGGGUUCGUGCAAAGACUAAUAAGAAGCUGGUUGCUUUCAUUACUGGUGUUCCUGCUAGAAUCCGGGUCCGUGAUGCAAUCGUGAAAAUGGCUGAGAUUAAUUUCUUAUGUGUGCAUAAGAAGCUGAGGUCGAAGAGACUUGCACCAGUUAUGAUCAAGGAGGUCACGAGGAGGGUGCAUUUGGAGAACAUAUGGCAAGCAGCUUACACCGCUGGAGUUGUUCUUCCAACUCCGAUUACAACUUGCCAGUACUGGCAUAGGUCUUUGAACCCAAAGAAGCUUAUUGAUGUUGGGUUUUCAAGGCUUGGUGCGAGGAUGACUAUGAGCCGAACCAUAAAACUUUACAAGCUGCCAGAUUCACCCGCUACUCCUGGAUUCAGAAAAAUGGAACUUCGUGAUGUUCCUGCUGUUACUCGGCUGCUAAGGAACUACUUGAGCCAGUUUGUGGUCGCACCAGAUUUCGAUGAAAACGACGUCGAGCAUUGGCUUCUUCCAGAGGAGAAUGUGGUGGACAGUUACUUGGUUGAGAGCCCAGAGAAUCAUGACAUCACUGACUUCUGCAGCUUCUACACUCUUCCUUCGUCAAUCCUCGGCAAUCAGACGUACUCAAUCUUGAAGGCUGCAUACUCCUAUUAUAACGUCUCCACAAAGACUCCAUUGCUUCAGCUGAUGAAUGAUGCACUCAUUGUCGCAAAACAGAAGGAUUUCGAUGUUUUCAAUGCAUUGGAUGUCAUGCAGAAUGAGUCGUUUUUGAAGGAGCUGAAAUUUGGACCUGGCGAUGGGCAACUUCACUACUAUCUCUACAACUACCGGAUGAGGAACGCAUUGAAACCCUCGGAGCUUGGACUUGUACUCUUAUAAUUUUCCGGUCUUGGUUUUGCACUUCGGACUUGACAAAUCAUUUCUGUUUCUUUUUUCGGUUCCUUUUUCGUGGCUAGCUGUUGUUUUCAUUUGCCCUUGCUCCUUUGGAUUAUCAUCAAAGAAUAUGAGAUUUUGCAAUGCAUUUUUUUUUUCACCUGCAAUGCUUAGGGUUUAGGUGUUUGCAAUUGAAAUGGUUAUUUUGGAGCAAAAGUUGAGCUUGAA